AUGUCGAGGAAGAUGCUUAUUGAUGGUGAGGUGAGCCAGCCUAAUGAAGGAGAGGUCCACUAUGACUUCGACUUGUUCGUUAUUGGGGCUGGAAGCGGCGGUGUCCGUGCCUCCAGAUUUUCCGCUAAUUUUGGAGCAAAGGUUGGGAUAUGUGAGCUUCCAUUUCAUCCUAUCAGCUCAGAAGUAGUUGGAGGAGUUGGUGGAACAUGUGUCAUUCGUGGUUGUGUUCCCAAAAAGAUCCUGGUGUAUGGAGCAUCUUUUGGUGGUGAAAUCGAGGAUGCCAGGAAUUAUGGGUGGGAAGUGAAUGAGAAAGUUGAUUUCAACUGGAAGAAACUUUUGCAUAAGAAGACGGAGGAAAUAAUUCGAUUAAAUGGAAUAUACAAGCGUUUAUUGUCGAAUGCUGGGGUUAAAUUGUUUGAAGGAGAGGGGAAGAUAGUUGGUCCCAACGAAGUUGAGGUGACACAGCUAGAUGGCACUAAAUUGAGCUAUUCAGCCAAGCACAUAUUGAUUGCAACUGGCAGUCGGGCUCAACGACCUGCUAUUCCUGGGCAGGAAUUGGGUAUAUCAUCUGAUGAAGCAUUGAGUUUGGAGGAGUUACCUAAACGUGCUGUGGUGCUUGGCGGAGGGUACAUUGCUGUUGAGUUUGCUUCAAUAUGGCGUGGGAUGGGUGCUUCAGUGGAUCUAUUCUUCAGAAAGGAACUUCCAUUGAGAGGUUUUGAUGAUGAAAUGAGGGCAGCGGUUGCACGGAAUCUGGAAGGAAGGGGAAUUGAUCUACACCCACAGACAAAUUUGACAGAGUUGAUAAAAACAGAGGAUGGCAUAAAAGUUAUCACGGAUCAUGGUGAAGAGCUGAUAACAGAUGUUGUACUGUUUGCCACUGGUCGAGCUCCCAAUACAAAGAGGUUGAAUUUGGAAGCCAUAGGUGUGGAACUUGAUAAAACAGGAGCUGUGAAGGUAGAUGAGUAUUCACGUACCAACAUACCUAGCAUAUGGGCUGUCGGUGAUGUUACAAACCGAGCAAACCUUACCCCUGUGGCUUUAAUGGAGGGAACUUGCUUCGCAAAAACUGUUUUUGGUGACCAACCUAGCAAACCGGAUCACCGCGAUAUACCCUGUGCAGUGUUUUGCAUUCCACCUCUUUCUGUUGUGGGCCUUAGUGAAGAACAGGCAAUAGAACAAGCCAAAGGUGAUAUAUUGGUCUUCACAUCGACCUUCACUCCAAUGAAGAACACUGUAUCUGGACGACAAGAAAAGACAAUUAUGAAGCUUCUUGUUGAUGCUGAGACAGAUAAAGUUAUUGGGGCAUCCAUGUGUGGGCCAGAUUCACCUGAGAUUGUGCAGGGCAUUGCUAUUGCACUGAAGUGUGGGGCAACCAAGGCACAGUUUGACAGUACGGUGGGAAUACACCCUUCUGCAGCAGAGGAAUUUGUGACAAUGCGUUCAGUGACGAGGCGUAUUGCUGCAGGUAGCAAACCAAAGACAAAUCUAUAA